UGGAUCUAAGAACGAUGUAACUAAUCGGAUUGUUCGAUACAAGUAACGGACCUUUACAGUGAAUGGAGUCAAUGAUGUAUGACCAUAAAAUUGACUAAAUUUAGUUGCAUAUUGAAUACCACCCCAUAUCGGUGAAAUUUAUAUUUCAUACGAACAUGCUGUCACUGGUAUUAAUUUGCCUUUUGGCGAUCAACAAAACUGCUCUAGGACUGAGCGUUCCUGACUACGAGAGUAUGUGGAUUCCGAUGCGUUCAGGGGACAGCGAGCAGGCGCGUGUCACCGUCAAACAUGGGCUCGGGGAGACGCCCCUUCUAGUUGACGUCCAGGUCAAGGCCAUGCACGAGCCUAACAAAGACUUCAUAUUCACUGGAAUAGGUGGGCGUCCAAGGGACGACGACGAAUCAGAGCCGUUUGGUGGCGUCAUAUACUAUUACAAUAACGAGAAAAUUGUAGCAAGCGCUCCCAUAAAAAAUAGCAAACUUGGAAGGGACGGGUUUGCUAUAUAUACAGAGAAUGGCACGUAUUUCUCGGGCCGGAACUCCCAAGAAGAAGACCAUGUGCACGUGCGGUUCCGCGCGUGGCGAGCUGGUUCCCUGCCGACACCGGAUAUGAACAAAACGGCCGUCCCCGUCCGGGCUCGCUCCGCUGAUCCGAGCGAGUUGUACGUUACGACAGCCCACGGACUUGAUGCUUACCCGGCUCUGGUCCUGGUCAGAGCCAAACUCAUAGACGGGCAAAUGCCCGGCUACAUGGCCGAUAGCGUCGGUGCGAGUUUCGUGUCAUAUCCGGAUGAUAACCCUGACAAUGAAUACUUCAUACACGCCUUCAACGAUCGUAACAUCCGGGUGUGGGUCUCUGACACAGGCCUCCUUGCUGGCGGUUCAGACGGCUAUGAAAUAUUCCCUCAUUGCUCUUCUGGGAUGCUUGAGAUGUACGCGUGGGCUGCAUCAUCCCUUCAGCCGGCCAUCACCGCCGCCAUGGACCUGGGACCGGAAGUUGUUGACGAACAGCUGGAAAUUCCGCUAACUUCCGGUCAUGUAGAUUCCUUUACCAGAGCAUGGGUGGAAGCCGUUGACGGUCCAAACGUCGGCUACCGGUUCCCCGGAAGUGGCGCAAUGGCAUACAGCGCCACCGUUCUGGAUCCGGUCUGUACAUAUGGAGGUUUGACGUACGCUUACACGCAAGAGGCCGUGCGCUUCUGGCGUCCAACUGACGUCAUCAAUGGUGGACUGGUAUGCGUUGCCAGCGUGUUUGGUAACGGAAGGAAUGCUCAACGCUCAGUAAACGGCCUUGCGAUUGUGAUGGUGUGGACGUCAGUGACACAUCCAGAAGACACAUUCCAGUGGGCUGACCCAGAAGAAAGAUGUAUCCGUAUACAGCCGUGAGCGCUGGCUUUAAUGCGCCCGAAGGUGAUCGUGAAUUUUCCGGGAGGCGGUGUCCCCCUUUCGGCUUAUCCUAUGGGAAUAAUUUUUCAAAUUUAAAUUUUAUAUGAUAUCUUUUUAAAUGAAUGCAUAUGUAAAAGCGAUAAUAAAUGACAAAAUGACGAAUGCUGCCUUAGACAGGACAAAGUCGCCGACAAAACUCCAGUAAAUGCUGCAAAUAGUGGACUUACAGAUAACUGGAUUUAAUUAUUUUUUCUAGACACUACUUUGUGGGUUUUAAUUUUAUGGUGACUUCCUUAAACAUUCUUAUUUUGAAAUUUAAAUGAAUUAACAAUUGUUUAAAUGAAAUGAUUUUUUAAAUAAAUGUUUGC